UCUGUCCAACACAACAGGGAUAAUCUCAGAAGCUGACCAGGCAGCAAACAAACUCGGCGAGUGCUGCUCUGAAGUCAGUCACUCUGCCGCCGCCAUUAACACGCCGGUUAGCGGGGGAACACAGGGAGGGGUACUCGGCUACUCGACGAAGACUGGCGCUCAGCGGAGGGUAAUCAAAAGUGUGCACCUGCAACUGGGAGGGAAGAAAAAAUGAUGCAAAGCAAAAGGGACUAAAAGGGAAAGAUGCACCAAUCCACUCAGCGGGACAUUUUAAGGGAAAGGGGGGGGGGGGGGGGGGGACUUAGAGAGAGAGAGAGAGAGAGAGAAUCAGAGUGUGAGUGCGAGCGCGUAAUGAGUCAGACGUGUGUGCCGCUGCCAGUAACCAGGCAGUGACAGACCUCGUCUCGUGGGGACGGAGGGGAAGCGACUUAAUCAGCAAUGAAUACAACAGGAGGAAAAAAAAGAAAAGAAAGCAAGCAAAAGCAGAAAGCUCAAAGUACUCAAUCGGUGUGCCGAGCACAGAGAGCGUACGGCGACAGACGACCAGGUUAAGGUCAGAGAAAGGACAGAAACAUUGCUGCUACUGCUGCACAUGGCUCCUGCUCCCCAACGCGCUGCGGCUGCUUCUCAGCAGCGCGCUCGCCGGAGCUGUUGAGGUGAUCAGGCGAAGGCGCAGAUGUCUAAUGUUUUACUUCCUCGCCGCUGGGACGACGGACCGCGCUGCCCCCGAAAGGUAAAUGGCUCACCUCGCCGUGUCUUUGGUAUUCCGUCUCGUGGUGUCUCCAUAGGAGCUCUAGAUGUGAAGAUUUAGACAGCAAAGAUCUUAAAUGGUAUCUGAUGGUAGAUCGUAUCUAUAUUUAUACAUGUACCGAGAUUUAGAGCAAGGUCCGGGUUUUAUCUCAUUUUCACGCCGAGCCAGUCGCAGUUUAAGGAAGGUGUGACGAGGGGGGGUGUUGGCAUCACAACAGAAGGGUAGAAACAUAUUUAUAUUUCCAUGGCAACCCCGCCUACCCCCCUAUGGAAAACUAGAUCUUUGGUGUUGUUUUCCGAAAGCAGCGAGACUCGAGCAGCCGGAGGAUUGGAGCGAGAACACUUGGGUGAUUAGGACUCGUCCUCAGAGACCGGCCGUGCUCCGAUGCUCCAUAGCAUCUAGUCUGCAUCACAAAGAACGGGACGGCUCAGUAACGAAAGCUGCUUCCCCGUCUUUGUACCCUGGAUACGGUUUAACUGAACUAUCCAAAAGAACAUCACUCGGAGUCAAACUACAUCGCCGCUUCCAUGAAGACCAUUGAAAGAGAUCAAAUACUACUCAUCGUAUAUACUUAUUACAGAGGUCCUGUUCGUAUGAAGCUCUUUCCGCAUACCUCACAGAAAUGUUGUUAGGAAAACCAAGUAAUAGGUAAACUGUUAUGUUUGAAAUGAUCGGCCAAAGGUCCUUCCCUCAGGCUCUACAUUUCAAUAAUUGCUUUAAGUACAGCAAACAUUGUUAACAUUAUAGUCAUUCAGUGACGAGAAACAAAAUGAAUCGAUUUGUUGAAUGGAUAAAAUAAAACAAUUGCUGAAACUUUUUUCUCAAAUUUGCAAAAUGCAUUAAUGAGAAAUUGUCUGGGUUUUUUUUAACGGGACAAUUUGUUUGUGUUAAAUGGAAAAGGGAAGCCCUGUUUUUAGGAGGUUCUACUUUCCUUUUAUUGAUUCAUGAAGCCACAUUCUGCACACUGUUACAUUUCCCAAAACUGGCUGCAUCAAGCGCUAUGUAGGUUAGCGCUAACCUACAUAUUUAACCCACUUUCACAUCCCCCGGGGGUCCGAGACCCCUACUGCGAAUUACCACUGUGGAUGUCUUUAUUGCAGGAGUUGUAUCUGUGGUGGUGCUGUUUGCAUACGGUGAAGCAGGGCUAUUAUGCGCCAGCUUAAGGGGACAAAAUGCAGCUUCCUCUUGUGCCUGGGGAUGAGUAUCAUUAUUUGUUCAGUUAUUUACAUGAGGGCCAGGGUCCCAACAGAGCUCAAGCUGCUCGAGCCUCCGAGCUGCAGACCCUUCUCCGCUGAAUGCAAAGCUUUACUGCCCGGCGCGGAGGACGGUGUGGAGAGGAACCGGCGGGGCUGCCAGGUGGAAAGCUACAUCGUGGAUAGUCACACGCAGUGCUCCCAAUUGAUCGGAGACCUCCACUUCAUCACGAGGCCUCUCAGCCGGGAGGAGGAGGACUACCCUCUGGCAUUCAUUGUGACUGUUCACAAGGAGCUGGAGCUCUUUGUGCGCCUGUUGCGGGCCAUCUACAUGCCACAGAACGUCUACUGCAUUCACGUGGACAAAAAGGCUCCGUCCCAGUACAAGGCGGCCGUGCUGAAGCUGGUCGGCUGCUUCAAAAACAUCUUCCUCUCCAGCCGCAGCGAGAUAGUAACGUACGCCGGCUUCUCCCGCCUGCAGGCCGAUGUGAACUGCAUGAGCGACCUGGCGCAGUCCAAGACGGGCUGGAGGAAAGUGGUGAAUCUGUGUGGACAGGACUUCCCGGUCAUGAGCAACCUGGAACUGGUGCGGUACAUGCAGAGCAAAGAGUGGAGGGACAGGAACAUGACGCCGGGGGUCAAGCAGCCGAUGUCCAUGAUGCACAGGACGCAGCUCAGGCACAGGGAGAUAACGGGCUCGCAUGUGGCUCUGAUGGGCUCGAGACUGACGAAAGGACCGCCUCCACACAAUCUGCAGGUUUAUUUUGGAACGGCGUACUACGCUCUCACCAGGGACUUCGUAGACUUUGUUCUGAAGAGCCCGGUAGCCCAGGACCUGUUGGAGUGGUCCAAAGACACGUUCAGUCCAGACGAGCACUACUGGGUGACACUCAAUCACAUCGAAGAAGCUCCCGGCAGCCAUCCAGAUGGAGGAUGGGAGGGGAACGUCCGGUCGAUCAAGUGGAGGGAUCAAGAGGGAACGUUACACAGCGGCUGCCGAGGGCGUUACAUACGAGACAUCUGUGUCUACGGCGUGGAAGACCUGCCGUGGAUCAUCAACAGUAACAGCAUGUUUGCCAAUAAGUUUGAGAGGGACACGUAUCCCGAGGCCCUGGACUGCCUGGAGCAGUGGCACAGGACCAAGGUGUUGAACCAGGCAACGGUUUCCAUAGAGCCACCGUGGCUCAUGGCCACACGGGGAAACUCAAGCAACAGCUACUUCAACGGCACCGCCGGAGCAUGAAAUGGCUGUUGGUUGUGAAAUAAAACCGCCACUUCGGCUGGUCCUCCCGACAAUGACACACACGCACGCACGCACGCACGCACGCGCGCGAGGUGGUGGCGGCCGUUCGGAUGAUCAGGAGACAGUGAUAUUGAAAUGUAAUUUAUUUAAAUUAGACAUGUUAUAGGAUUUGAGACAACGACACAAGACAGGGCAUUUUACGACUUAAUAUAAACUUUAUAUUGUUUAUAGUAACUAAAUAUUUAUUCUUUUUUAUUCAUCAGUGUGUGGUCCGGUUUAAAAAAAAAAAAGAUUGUUUUUUUUUAUUGAAUAAAAAGGGGACAUAUUAUGAAAAUUCCACGUUGACAUGUUAAUGUGCCUGUCUGGGGUGUCUCCGAACCCCCAAACGCUGGGAAAAACAACCUGCACUGUAAAGAUACCUGGAAGCUCCGGGGUUUGCCGACGUCAUCAGACCAAGCGGGAGUCGCUUGCACGGCCUUGGUUUCAACGUCAAAGCAUGUGAACGUGUUACUACGCUAAAUACAAGUACGAGUCUUAAAAUGAGCAUAUGUCUUCAAUAAAAGUGUAGCAUGUGCAAACUAAGA